AUGGCGGAUCUGGGGGAAGCGGAUGAAGCGGAGUUGCAGCGCCUUGUGGCGGCGGAACAGCAGAAGGCACAGUUCACGGCACAGGUGCAUCAUUUCAUGGAACUAUGUUGGGAUAAGUGUGUGGAAAAGCCGGGGAAUCGCCUAGACUCUCGCACUGAAAACUGUCUCUCUAGCUGUGUGAACCGCUUCAUUGAUACCACCCUUGCCAUCACCAGUCGGUUUGCCCAGCUUGUACAGAAAGGAGGGCAAUAG